AUGAUCUCGUCGUACAAAGCCUUGAUAGAGGCAAAAUGCCAAAGUAACCCAGCAUUACUCAACCUGCAGGCCUUCCUCUCCGCAUCAGCGAUAAGCCCACACAGCGAACAAAUCAUAUCACAAAAAUUUUUCUCCGUCGGUCAAAGGACAACAAGAACAAAGUUGACGACAUCCCAAAUCGCCAAAGAGGUGCACGACAAUCCUCAACUAAAUAAUGCUACCUCUCAUAACAAGAUCGGCCAGAUUCUUAUUGUCGAGAAUAUCAGUAAGGAAACGAUGGCGGAGCUAGGCUCAUGUCUUGACAUUGACCCCAUGUUCUUUGCAUCCCAUAUCCAUUCAGCAUGGAGAAACCUGGAUUCCUUAUCACCCAAGUUUUGCGAGCUGCCGUCGCAGACAAAGGCACAGAACUUUGCUACGUUUCCAUAUCAUCGGAGUCUUGUGUUUCCAGACAUUAAUCGUGAAGAUUACAAAUUACUUCGUCUAUUAAAUAUUCGGAGAAAAGUCAUUGUAUUACCACCUAUUCAGGGACGGAGAAUCGGACUUGCCCAGCAUUGCUGUUCCGUUAUGAUCGUUCCAGGACGGAAGAAUACGUGGCUCGGUUUGGUUCUGGUCGACUCGCCUAUGCAAGACAACUACAUAUCUUUUCGUGGAAAGCAAGAGAUGUACAUAAAAACUCCAUGCACAACUCUUUUCCACGGUACGCCGGAGGGCCUGCAAAUGAGCUGCAUCCUGAAUCUCAACACCAUUAGCCGAGACAGAUCACUACUUGAAAAGCUCCUCGAAUCAUGGGAAUCUUCGGCACAAGACUUUGCUCAGAACGAUUUAAAUCUCAAAACACUCUCUUACUACCCACUGCGUCUUAUUGCUACCGAAUGGGUAAACUACAUCGAAGUCGUUCGCGUCUCGUUACGAAACAACAGCAGUCCCCCAUCCAACACUACAGCAUCGCCCGAAGAUCUCGAGAGAAUAAAGUCAGCGGUAACAUCUGCCUCCUCCUGGCCACGACGCGUAGCAUCUUCCACAGUAAGCCUACGCAGGUCCGUUUUGUUUAUCAAGAAGCACAGCCGCUUAGAUGACAACUCAACAAACUGGGAAGCCUUGCGAGACGACUAUGAGUAUAUAACUGCGAGCUUAGUUCAGCACGGCGAGCAACUGCAAACCUCUGUCCUAUCAGUUACCAUGUUUCUACAGUUGCUUGAGAGCCGUCGGGUUUCUUCAGAGACUAAGCAUGUGUCUAGGUUGACGGUGCUGGCGUUGACGUUUGUGCCUCUGAGUUUUGUGUCGAGCUUGUUUAGCAUGAACGAGGUUUUUAGUCCUGGAGGUCCAUUAUUCUGGGUGUAUUUUGUGGUAGCUACGCCACUACUGAUCACGGUAUUCAUACUUGCCAGAUCAUCGCAAUGGGGUUCUGUAUUUAUCUACAACCGGGUUAAGGGCUUCCCUAGUGGGUAG